AUGGCUAAGUCGAAGAACCACACGAACCACAACCAGAUCCGCAAGGCUCACCGUAACGGUAUCAAGAAGGUGAAAAUCCCCAAGAAGAUUUCAACCAAGGGGAUGUGCCCCAAGUUCUUGCGCAACCAAAAGUUCUGCAAGAAGUACUUGAACGUCCCCGCUUCUGAGCGCUCCAGCUAA